GGAAACUUUCACCCAGCAGAAGACAAGCAGCCGACUAGCCAUAAAGUGAAUGUCUGCUAUUGUUGUGGUGAGCCAACCCCUCUGCUCUAGGAGUGUGGGAAAAGCAAUCCAGCACAAGCCACAUGCCUUUGUAAUGGAAAUGACCAACUAUAAAUACAGGGCACUGACCCUCACAAAGUCCUGAAACUCACUUUGCAGCCCAGGAAGAGACAGAGACCAGCAUGGCUCCACGCUCAGUUAUAAUUUCCACCUUUGGCCAUCAGAGAUUUUCUGAAAAGGACAAAUUUAAGCUGAAAAAGCCAAUGAUAGAAAAAAUGCGUAGAGACCGCAUCAACAAUUGCAUCGAUCAGCUGAAGAAGCUGUUGGAGAAGGAACUCUACAGCCAAGACCCAAACACCAAGUUGGAGAAAGCUGACAUCUUGGAAAUGACUGUCAGCUUUCUGAAGCAGCAGCAGAGACUUCCAGGAGCACUGGCUCAGAGAGACUAUAACCAAGGCUACUCUCAGUGCUGGAAGGAGUCCCUACAUUUCCUUAACAUCCACUCCAACAGAGGACAAUCUUCCCAGGAGGUCCAAGAGGUCUACCAGAGAUCCAACACAGAGCUCAACAAUAGGUCGUCAGUGCACAGUUCCAAACACAACAGUGCCGCUCAACCUGCCAGACCUGUUUGGAGGCCCUGGUAGAACCUUGGAGGACUGACCAUCCCUGAGGAACAGUGACGUUCAUGUCCCUCAAGAAAGUAGGAGAUAUUAAUUUCCAGGAUUUAAGUUUUGCUAUCAUAUUGAUUGGUAAAACCUUGUGAUUUUUGUUUCGUCAGUGAGAUGAAAAACUUUAAAGACUGUGGCUUUAUUAUAUAUAGCUUUUUGGCUCUUAAUGUGAUGUUUCCCCCAUGU